AUGUUGUGGUACCAUCCUCUUGCAAGUGCCAUUGUUUUGUCUCUCAAUAUGGUAAAGAACAGAAUCCCACUAGUGAAUCUUCCCUCUGACAAUGACUCGUCCUCUGAAAUGAUGAGGCAAGCAGCUCGCCAGGUCUCUGAGGCACUGGAAACCAGUGGAUUUCUAUUGGUGCAAAGUCAUUAUUUGAGCAAGGAUUUGCAGCAAGACGCUCUUGUAGCGACAAAAGAAAUUUUGAAUGACAAGGACAAUUCGGAAACCAUUCUCCAUCCAGUCGAUCCCAAGAAAUACAUCAUGAUACAGAGUGCUGACUCGAUUGAAACCCUCAAGGCAAAGGAUGACCAACAAAAGAUUCUGAAGGAAUACUGGGAUGUCAUGGAGAAGGUGAAACAUCAAGUUUUGCAUUGCAUAUCUCUAGGAUUGGGACUACCACCAGGUUACUUUUCAGAGUGUCAUAGCAAGAGUAACAGCUGUUUGCGGUUGUUACAUUAUCCUCCCGUCCCUGAAGAGUCGUCGUCGUCGUUGUUAGAUGAGAACAUAUCGUCUCCAAAGAUUCGAUGCAAGGCCCAUUCGGAUUACGGGAGCGUUACACUCUUGACAAGUGAUGGAGUCGGUGGCUUGCAGGCCAUGAUCGAUGGUGUUUGGACAGAUGUACCCUAUGUGGAGGGAACGAUAGUGGUGAAUAUUGGUUCCUUAUUGAGUGAUUGGACAAAGGGCAAACUGCUUUCGACCCUUCAUCGAGUGGUUUCCAAUGACAAAUCGUCCGAACCUCGAACCUCAAUAGCCUUCUUUGCAGAUCCAGACGGUGAUAUCAGUGCGUCCUUAGGCAACAACUCUUCUGAGAGGGCAGGCAUGACUGUCAAAGAAUACAUUCAAUAUAGAGCAGGUGGGGACAAUCGUGGUAGAGUUGGUGUUGCAUUCACUAGUGACGAAACCAAUCGGGCUGAGGGGGAAUCUAACAAGGAAUGA